AUGAGGCUUUUUCCUCGCUCUAUCCUGGGGUCCUUGGGAUCCGUCACAUCGCCCAAGAAGGGGAAAGACAAGGGAGCCGGACAAGACGCCGCGGCACCAAGUGUGCCAGGAGCAGGUAAAGACAUACCAACACCCAGUAUUCCGGGUGUGGGCAAUGACCUGCCAACCCCUAGUGUGCCAGGGAUCGCUAACGACAUACCGACACCGAAUGUCACCGAUCUCCACAAGGACUCACCCACAUCUAGCGCCGCUGGAGCCGCAAAGGGUACACCGGUCCCCAGUGCUGCAGGCGCGGAGUCAGCAAGCGAUAGAAAUGUGAACCCGUCUAUAUUCACCACAUUUGUCACUGUCUCUGUCACAGAUAUCAGUACAGUAACUAGUGCAGAUGUCACAGUGACCAUUGUACAGCACGACUUGGCCACCGUGGCGACCACCGCGCCAACCACCGUUACGGUAAUACAACAUACUCUACCAACGACUGUCGCAACCACAAUCGUCAAGACUAAAUCCGUAACACCGUCUACCGAGCAUAUCGCAGCCGCGCACUCGACCGCGCCGCUCCCGCCAGCAGUAGCCGCAAUGCCAACUGCAAAGAAGCACGUUGAUCUCGCAGUGGUCUUAUCGAUGAUUUUUGGGUUGAUCACCUUGGGCCUCUUGGGCGCCGUUUACCUUUUGGUGACGAGGUCCCGCCGUCGCGCGGCGAAAGCAAAGCAGACGACCGGCAUGAAGACGUAUGCGGAGGAAUUCGAAUGGCCUCGGCAGCGACCUGUAGAAAUGGAUGGUAUCAAGAGGAAUGAUGAAUGGGGCCCGGUACAGAAGCAUGCACGGGGCGUAGUGUAA